AUGUCUCUCUCAAAGACUUCAGCUCUUUUCCUAGCCUCCGCUGCGCUGGUCGCAGGCCAUGGCUAUGUUACCAGCAUUGACGUUGAUGGCACUACGUACGGUGGUUACCUCGUUGACACCUACUACUAUGAGUCCGACCCGCCAGAGCUCAUCGCUUGGUCCACCAACGCCACAGACGACGGCUACGUCGCUCCCACCGCAUAUGAUACCUCGAACAUCGUUUGCCACAAAGGUUCCGCUCCCGGUGCGCUCUCCGCUCCCAUCGCCCCCGGCGGCUCUGUCACCUUGACCUGGAACACUUGGCCCGAUGAUCACCACGGCCCUGUGAUCACCUACCUUGCCAACUGCAACGGCUCUUGUACCGAUGUGGACAAGGUCGACCUGGCUUUCUUCAAGAUCGACGCCGGUGGUAUGAUCAACGAUACCGUGAUCCCUGGUACCUGGGCCUCAGAUGAGCUUAUCGCCGAUAGCUACAGCCGUACUCUCACCAUCCCCACGGAUAUCGCACCUGGCGAGUACGUUCUUCGCCACGAGAUCAUUGCUCUUCACGGUGCCGAGGAUCUAAAUGGUGCCCAGAACUACCCCCAGUGCAUUAACCUCAACGUUACCGGUAGUGGUACCGCGACACCGAGUGGAACCCUUGGUGAGGAUCUGUACAAGAACACCGAUCCUGGUAUCUAUGUCGAUAUCUGGGCCACUCUCAGCACCUAUGUAAUCCCGGGCCCUAUUCUCUAUACCGCUGGAAGUGCCACUACCGCUACUGCCGCUGCCGCUUCUUCUACGACUACAACGGAAGCAGCCGCUGUCGAAACGACAUCUGCCAGUUCCAGCGUCAGCACCAGCGCCAUCACUGAGGCGGAGACGAUCCAUGCAACUUCCUCUGUUCCCGAGGCUACAACCUCGGUCGCUCAAGCUGCUUCCACUGGUACUUCUUCCAGCAAUGGCAAUGGCAACGCCAAUGAUAAUGGAAACGGAAAUGGUAAUGGUGGCAUGGGUGGAUCCGGUAGUGGCCCAUCUGGUGGAAAUAAAAGCACGCCUUCUGAGAAAUCCUCACCUUCGGUUUCCAUCGCUUCUUCCUCUCCUUCCACCACCACCACCACCUCGAGCUCCGGCAGCGAAACCUCCGGUGUCCUUAGUGGCUCCUGCACUGAAGAAGGUUACUGGUACUGUGAUGCUGGCUCCGCCUUCCAGCGCUGUGUGGACGGAGAGUGGGAUGCCUCUCAGAGCGUCGCCUCCGGGACUGAGUGCACGGCCGGUAUCUCGGAAACUUUGACUAUCACUGCUUCUUCUCGGAAGCGGAGCAUGGAUCACGUUCGUCGAAUCCACGCACGCGCUCAGCAUGUUUAG